CACAGGCUCAGUCCCUGGUUUUUGGCUCCAUGUUUUGUUUUAUUUCCUUCUUUUAUAUAUUGUCUUAACGCAAACAUAGGUUGAUGCAUCCACUGAGCCCUUCUUCUCUACUCUGUUUCUUCCUCGUCAGUUGAAUAAUUAAAGACCCCCCUUUCCUUUUCUUGCUGGAAAGUCUUAAAAAACUGAAAAUUGCAUGUCUGGGGAUUAAUUAUCCCUUUACAUGACUCUCUCUCUCUUCCUUGUAUUGGAGUGGACGCUUCGAUGGUCAUAGUAAAUGUGGAAUCUCAAUCCCCAUCCACAUGCCAUGCUAAAUGUGUAGCUGAAGCCAACUUCUGGUAGCUUGUCGAUUUCUCCGAAGCAACUUGCAGGGAAAGUCGCCUCCUCUUCAGCUCCUUCCGCUUCUUCAGCUUCUGGACAGUAGACAGUUUUCCCUCUUAGAUCAAGACAUUGUGUGUUUUCAAUGAGUUCAUCACCGUCUUCUCAAUGCUUCAUUUGUAGAUGUGUGGGAACUCAAGUUACUUUAAGAGUUGAUUGUCCAAAUUUUUUUGGUUGACUUCAGAAUUUAUUCUAAAAGCCUUGUCCUCCCGAAUCUGCAUAUGACAAUCCUAUCCAAAUUCCGAUGCAUCACUGUAGAUGUCACCGGCACCCUCAUGGCCUACAAAGGGGAGCUUGGUGACUAUUACUGCAUGGCUGCCAAAUCAGUUGGUCUUCCGUGUCCCGACUAUAAACGGGUUCAUGAGGGCUUUAAACUUGCAUAUACAGAAAUGGCAAAGAACUAUCCAUGCUUCGGGUAUGCUGCCAAAAUGCCAAACAUUGUGUGGUGGAAAACAUGCGUGAGAAAUUCAUUUGUCCGGGCAGGUUAUGAGUAUGACGAGGAGACAUUUGAGAAGAUAUUUAGACGCAUAUAUGCAUCUUUCGGUUCAGCGGCUCCUUACACCGUCUUUCCAGACUCCCAACCAUUCUUGAGGUGGCUGCGUCAGAAAGGCCUUAAAGUUGGAAUUGUGAGCAAUGCCGAGUACCGAUACAAGGAUGUGAUUCUUCCAGCCUUGGGAUUAAACCAGGGUUUCGAGUGGGACUUUGGUGUAUUCUCAGGGCUUGAGGGUGUGGAGAAACCGGACUCUAGAAUUUAUAAAAUUGCCCUCGAGAGGGCUGGAAAUAUUGCACCAGAAGAAGCACUGCACAUCGGAGACAGCAUGCGCAAGGACUACGUGCCAGCAAAGAGCGUGGGGAUGCAUGCAUUGUUGUUAGACAGGUUCAAGACGCCUGAUGCCGAGGAAUGGAGGAAAUCCGGUGCAGUUGUGCUUCCCGACCUGGUGGCUGCACAAGAUUGGUUGUCCAGGGAUGAGCAAGUUCUGUUGUAGUUUUCUCCUUUUCUUUUGCAAAGAAACUACUGUUGUAUGUAUAGCCUCUCUGUUACUGGUAUUUGGCAGGAGGUGCCGUCCCCAUAUUUUUUUUUUUGGUCACUUUCUGCGACUUACAGUCUGAAGCAACAACUUUCUGAGCUUGAUAUCAAUGAACCUUGUGUAACAGAUAGGAAAUUACUUGA